AUGUCCUUCUUCAAGACCCACUUUGGUCCUUCCCGCUACGUUUGGGGGCUGCACGCAACCAAUCACGCCGUCUUCACAUCCAGCACGUACCUGCCACAGUGGGCGUUUGUGCUGUACCGCUUUCUUCAGGCAGGAUACUCGUUCGGCUGGCUUGUGUCCCUCAUCGUCCACUCCGACGACAAUCGAUGGCUCAUCUAUCUGACAAACUGGUCGUACCUGCUCCUCGCGACCUACUUUGCCCUGGCGUUCAUCGGCGCCGCCUUGCACUGGUUUCACGGUUGGCCCACUGCAACGGACCAGUUGCACACAUCGACCUCUCAGCUCUCCCCGGACAGCGAAAAGAGCAACCAAAUGCGCAUGUCCGAGCCAAACUUGGCCGCGCCCACCGGCACACGCCCGACCGUCGCUCAACGGCUGCUGUGGGUGCUCUACUUGCUCGCCACAGACGCGGCUGUCACUGUCGUCAUCCUGUACUGGGGUCUGGUGUUUGACAGCGCCACGACGGAUGUCUCCGAGUACAACAUCAGCGAGCAUGCCAUCAACGGAGUCCAAGCCGUCAUUGAGAUGCUGGUUGCUGACAUGCCGCACCGAUUGGCGCACCUUUACUUUCUGUUCACCUACGGCAUUGCGUACAUGAUUCUCACCCUCAUUUGGUGGGGUGCCGACGGUGUUACCGAUAAUGGCACCACAUACAUUUACAAGGUUUUAGAUUACGAUGCCACCCCAGGCAAGGCUGCCAUGUACCUGUGCCUGGUCUUGUUGAUCGGCCUGCCCGUGAUACAUUUCGUCUUGUCAGGCCUGGUAGCAACUGUGCGCGAGCGCUUCCUUCGUCGUCAAGUGCCGAGCGUUCCAGGAGGCGCAUUCACCCCGCCGCAACACGGCCAGUGAUGCUUGGGUCGUGAAGAUUCAACAUGUUCAGAUUGGUUCAAAGCGAAUAAAACAAAAAAAAAACAAACAAACAAAAUACAGCCCACAAAACUGCACAUCCA